AUGACUUCCAUGUCGCCCAUUAAUACUGCGGGUGCUGUCUGUGCCCCCCCCUCCCACAGCGGCAGCGUCUCCCCGAGACAGCCGUUGCCGCCAAAGAAUGUCGCAUUUGAGCUGCUGUUUCUUGAUUCUCCUCAAUAUCGCGCGCGUCUUCCCAUGCGCGUGCAAAUUUACCCCCAUGACACAACUGACUCCAUUGUCACCACGGUCAAGAAUUUUUAUGGCCUCUACUCCGGUCGAACUGGCUCCAAGGGCGUCAGCUUCGAGGAUGACCAGGGCAAUACUCUGAUCGCGCGGUACGAAAACUUUACAAACAAUAUGAUUGUCUACGUUCGUGUCAUUGAGGAAGCCCCUGCUGCCGCUACCGUCUUCCCCCAAUCAGAGUACCAGUCUCCUACCACAGCCGACGCUUACUAUGAGGGUGAUCAGUAUGCCAGAAACCACCAGAACGGCGGUGAAGCGCCGAAUGGCAGAGCAUCCCGCCAGAGGAGCCAGUCUCCCCGCGCCGGUGCUGCCAGUCGCAGCGGCUCUGUGAGCAGCAAGAAGAGCCGCUCUCGAUCUGUCAAGAGCCACGCCACCAAUGUUCUCCACGGCGACUCGUACGCCGCGAGCGUCGAUGGCUACAGCAGCGGCGACGGAGAGCAAGGCAGUGUUUCUGGCCGAAGCAAGGAGCAGCUUGGCACCACUGAUAUCAGCGUCGAGAACAUUGUCGAGGGUGGCCGACGCAAACGAGCCAAGUUUGAGAGCUCGGAACUUCCCCUCUUCGCGCCACCUCAGAUGCCAGCGGCGACGUCCAACCCGUCUGUGUCGCCGGCUCGUCGAAUUGACUCCCGGGCGCCCUUGUCUUACGUCCCACAAGGUACAAACCCAUUCACGAACCCGCGAUCACUACACGCUUCCCAAAAUUAUGGCAAUGGCUUCCAAUCUGGUGUUUAUGCAACUCCUACCACUGAAAGCCGCCGCCAUCAUCGUGGCAGCAUCAGCUAUGGUAGCAGCGGUGCCAUGGGUAUUAUGCCUACUCCAGACCCCACUGUCGGCAGCUGCAUGUCUGAAGAGGACAAGGAUGUUGCCAUUCAGCUGAUGCGCCUGGGCGAAAUGUCCAACAUUUCGCAUGGCCGCACCUCUGCCUCCACGCUGGAUGACACUUUUAGUGGCAGAGCGGACAAUGCCUCGUCUACUGGAGCUACUAGCGAUGGAGAAAGCGAGAGUGACAAUGAGCUCCCUGCAGCGCGUCGCCAGAAGCUCGACAUGUCGGGUGCCUCCAAGCUGAUUUACCCGACAACAGAGAGCAGCCUGACACACGCCCAAGCUGAGUACAGCAGUGACGAGGGCGACCAUGAGGCUGGCAAGUCUGGCCAGGCUAUGGCUAAGCCUCCCACAACGCACAAGCCCACUCUUCCCAUGUCCAAGCCGCCACCCAAGCCCAAGAUGCACAAGCCGUCCAACAGUUUGAAGAUGAAGAAGCCACCGGUGCUUACCAAUGUACCCAUGUCGCCGGCCUCGGCUCCGCACUCGCGGAAGCCUUCAGUCGCUUCCAUCAACGGCUUGCCUACUGGUGGCGACGACGACAACCCUGAUCUGUCUACCAAGCCACGCUGCCAGAGAUGUCGCAAGAGCAAAAAGGGCUGCGAUCGGCAGCGUCCCUGCGGCCGCUGCCGUGACGCAGGUCUGUCUGCCGACCAGUGCAUCAGCGAAGAUGAAGGCAAUGGCCGCAAGGGCCGCUAUGGGCGCCACAUGGGCGUGCCCAUCAAGCAUAGCGCUGAUGUUCCUGUUGCGGUUCAGCCGACUCUGCUUCCAGCAGCUCCUAUUGCUCCGACCAUGGCGUUAGCCAUCGACAAGAACAAGAAGCGGAAGCGGUAA